AUGGAUGGUCCUCAUCUGCCUCGGAGCUGUGAACUAUCUCUGCCCUGCUGUGCAGACGGCGGGUCACUGUCGAGCGCCAAGGCCCCCCAAGUCAGCGGGGUCAGAGUUCAGCUGGAGAUGCAUGCACUCUGGCAGCAGUUCGACCAGCUGGGCACGGAGAUGAUCGUUACCAAAGCCGGAAGGAGGAUGUUUCCAACAUUCCAGGUGCAAAUCUCCGGGAUGGAUCCCACCGCUGAAUACGUCCUGCUCAUGGACUUUCUCAUUGUGGACGAUAAAAGAUACAGAUAUGCGUUCCACAGCUCAUCCUGGUUGGUGACAGGGCGAGCGGAUGUCGUAGCACCGAGCCGGAUGCAUUUCCACCCAGACUCACCUGCCUGUGGAGCCCAGUGGAUGAAGCAGACCGUCUCCUUCGACACCCUAAAGCUCACCAACAACCUGCUGGAUGACAACGGACAUAUGAUAUUGAACUCCAUGCAUCGCUAUCAGCCGCGCUUCCAUGUGGUGUACGUGGAUCCGGCUCCCAACAGCCACUUGAACGCACACAGGAACUUCUGCUCCUUUUCCUUCCCCGAGACACGCUUCAUGGCCGUCACUGCCUAUCAGAACCACCGGAUCACCCAGUUAAAAAUUGCUAGCAACCCAUUUGCUAAAGGCUUCAGGACGACAGACCCCCAGGACCCGUGA